AUGUCUGCUCCUUCACGCCAAAUCAAAUGUGUUGUGGUUGGUGAUGGUACCGUUGGUAAAACAUGUAUGUUGAUAUCGUACACGACGGAUUCUUUUCCAGUCGAAUAUGUUCCUACUGUAUUCGAUAAUUUUUCGGCACAGAUGACAGUAGACGGGUAUCCUGUUAAUUUAGGUUUAUGGGAUACCGCUGGACAAGAAGAUUACGACCGUCUGCGGCCGCUGAGUUACCCACAGACUGAUGUCUUUGUGUUAUGCUUCAGCAUAGUCGCCCCGGUUUCUUUUGAUAAUGUGCUAACCAAAUGGAUACCAGAAAUACGACAUAACUGCCCGGAUGCACCAAUUCUUUUGAUAGGAACCAAGCUGGAUUUACGGGACGACCCAGAGACUCUGAGGCAGCUGAAUGCAGAUGGCAAACAGCCAGUCAGCAAAAACCAGGGACAAAAAGUUGCAAAGCGAAUCAGAGCCGUCAAAUAUCUUGAAUGUAGUGCUUUGACACAGCAAGGUUUGAAAGCAGUAUUUGAAGAAGCAGUUCGAGCAGUAAUAGCACCCAAACCAACUAGCAAAAACAAGAAUUGUACUGUUCUUUAG